AUGAGCCCUCAAGUACUACGAGAAGCUAUAAAUACGCCUGAAUUUACUUAUUUUCACCUUGAAUGGCAGAAAUCUCACUUAGCAGUGCCUGAUGCACGAGCAUGGCAGCAACGUAUUACAUAUGCACUCCAACAAGCAUUGGGUAUCUCAGGAAUGGCUAUUUCAGCCGAGAUUUUGCAUAUAACACCAGACAGCCAUGCGUAUAUUCGUGUUCCGGGGAGAGAUGGACCGCGUUUUUGGGCAGCUCUUGCAGCAACAGCAGAGAUAGAAGCACCAGUAAUGGCACCAGCCUUGGUUCUAGAUAGUCCAAAGAAAGGGCUUCGUGUUCUUGGCGUUUCUGACUAUCUUAUGGGUCUUCUUCACCGCAGCCGCAGUGUUGAGGAUCAGUAUAACGUAGAAAUGGGAAAACCAUAA